CAGUGUUGCAUCGAGCAAGAACGCAUCCACCACAAACUCAUCUAGUUAUCGUGGUGGUGAGACCAAGCCCGGGGUUAUGACUGGAGCUUAUAGCCGUGUCGACAAUGGAAAUAGUAACGACAAUUACCCCAAGACGGCUACGCAAGAUCCAACCACCACGAACACUACCAGCGCUAGAGGAAUUGGCGCUACGGGCCCUGCAACCGGAAUAGCUACAUCGGCUAGAUCCGAUAACACUGAAUUACAACAACUAGGAAGCGAUGACCGCAACAUCGUUCGAAAUGGCUUGAGGCAAACUAGUAACAUCGACCAUAACGACCCGUACUGGGGCGAUGUUCCCUAUGGCACUGGGGUUUACAAUUCAGUUACGGGGCACGGCAGCUCCGAAACUACUACCGAGGGAUCCGUCCCUCAUGACCCUUCAUUGAGUCAUGAACAGCAGCGCGCAUUCCCACUCUCUACUACCGACAACACUACUCAUGGUCAGACCCGCAACCGUAGUGGAUCACGGUUCAAGGAAGGCCUAGCUGGAUCUGGCACUGCUGCCGGCGCCGGUAUUGCCGCUUCUGAUGUUGCUGAGAAGCGACGGGAUCAUAAGCAUGAUAAUGAAACUAUGGAAUCUGCUACCCAUAAGCACGACGAAGAUGACACCAAGAAGGAGAGUAAGCUUGCUGGCUUGUUCCACCGGGAGCAUAAGGCCAAGGAACCUAAGCCCGAAAAGAAACAUGAAGUCAAAGAAGAGAAGAAACUAAAAGAGCAAGCACCAAGUAAAGAUAACCGUCCUCUAACAGACAGAGACGCGGGCGCUGCUCUUGCAGCUGCCACCGUAGCUCAUGGUUCCGAUAAGCACGAGAAAAAGCCUAAGGAAUCCGAACUUGGAUCCACGGAAAACAAGGCUAACCCCGUAUACCAGCACCCGAAUGAGAAGAUUGACAACUCGAUGGGAGAAUUAAAACCCCAGCAUCAGAUUUCGAAGGAUCCUUUCAUCGCUGCCGGAUAUACCGGUCCCAAUAGCCAGAGUACUGCGACGAGCGCCAAUGCUCAUCCCGCUUCUGAAGAUGUAACCACCAGAGGUUACCCCUUUACUUCUCAAACAACUGAGAAGCCUGCUGAUAAGCAUGAUUCAAAGCUCGGGUAUGGUCUUGCAGCUGCUGGCCUAGGAGCUGGUGCUGGCUAUGCCGCACAUGAGUAUUCCAACAAGGACAACAACAGGAACAAGGAACCCGUUUCUCAGCAGGCCUACGGCAAGCCGACAACUACAUCGUCCAAGGCUGCUACCACUACCCAGCCGGAAAACACAGGCUACACCAUCGGCCAACCCCAACUUGGCGUAGUCUCGGGUGCCAAGCAGACUGCUACUGCCUCUGAGAGACAGGCCGUACCACAGAGCGGUGCCAACGCCUACGACUCUCGUGCCGAUCCCACCCGUCAUGGCAAAUACAAUGUUCUGCAAGACGGUACCCCCUCUGGAAUCAACACCGGUGACCACUAUGACGCUGUAAACAACACUUCUGCUACUUCACCUACUGCGACACGCAAUACCGCCACGAAGGGUAACCAUAAUGGCGCUAAGACCGCUGCUGCUGGAGCUGGUGUUGCUGGUGCAGGCGCAGCCGCAUACUACGCCCAUAACAGAGACAGCGACAAGAUCCCAGCUGUUGAGACACGUCAGACCUCCGCAGCUACUUCGAGGGACACUCAGAAGCCAUACACCUCAACCACUGGCGUUGCCGGACGUACUCCCGCUGACUCUAGCCGCGGUGGUGAAUACAAUACCCUGCACGACGGUACACCUUCGGGAGUGAACACCUCUGACCUUAAUGACAGCAAGAACAAUGCAGCUUCAUCGGCACCAACUGAUUCUGCGCUCAGAACUAAGGAAGGUGACAAUCACAACACUGCAAAAGUUGCUACUGCUGCCGGUGUUGCCGGUGUAGCCGGAACCGGCGCCGCAGCCAAGUACUAUUCCAAGAAGGACGCUAAGGAAGGCAAGGACAUCACCGAUCCAACUCCCACCACCCACAGCUCACAACACGCCGUUGCCGGCGCAGUUCCUACCGAGCAGAAGAAACAUGUAUCCAUUGCCGGAAGUCCCACUUCCAGUGCUCGGGAUCGUACUUCCACCGACUCGAGUCAUGGUGGGCAGUACAACGUCCUGUCCUCUGGUACGCCUUCGGGGAUCAACGUCGGUGAGAGGGAUGAAGUUGGGCGCAAGAGUCUAGAGCAUAACACCACACCUGCCAAGAGCAAGGCUUCGCCUACCGCGGUGCAUCCCGCUACCGUAAGUGCGGGUGCCGCACCUCAGAAAGAUAACAGUAAGGAGAGGGAUUUGGCGAAGGCUGGUGGUAUUGCAGCUGCACCUGCCUCUUUGACCGGUGGGGAUAAGGUCUUGCACAAGUGUAGGAAGUGCGGCGAGGAGAAUGAUAUUACUGGGUACUUUCAGAAGUCGAAGUAGGUAGUCGAUGAUCGGCGGGAAAGAGCGUAAGAGCGGUUAUGAUAAUGUGAAAUGAACAUUUAACUUCUAUGCGCAUUUUUCUUGGUGGGUGUUACGUCGACGUCGGUCAC